GCUGUUUCCCAUUAUGUCCUUCUUCCUGUGGAAAUCCCCCUAUUAUUAGCUUAUCGUUAGAUCCAUUUUUCAUUUCCAUGACUGUUUCUCUCUGAAUCUUAGAGGUGGAAUUUUCGGAGAGCUGAUUGAAUUGAAGUUGAUCAGGUGUUCGAAACGAUAACGUAACAGAGAUGCCUAACUUGCAAAGUAAUUUCAAUCAGAAUAUUGACUACGUUUUCAAGAUCGUACUGAUCGGGGACUCUGCAGUCGGCAAAUCACAGCUAUUAGCGCGAUUCGCGAGGAACGAGUUCAGUGUUGAUUCGAAAGCGACGAUCGGAGUUGAGUUCCAAACGAAAACGCUUGUCAUCGAUCACAAGACCGUCAAGGCUCAGAUAUGGGAUACGGCCGGACAGGAAAGGUACCGGGCUGUGACGAGUGCUUACUACAGAGGUGCAGUUGGGGCGAUGCUAGUGUAUGACAUAACCAAGCGCCAGUCAUUUGAUCAUGUGGCAAAAUGGUUAGAGGAACUGCAGGGACAUGCUGAUAAAAAUAUUGUAGUCAUGCUUGUAGGGAACAAAUCUGACCUUGGAACCCUUCGUGCCGUACCCACUGAAGAUGCCAAAGAAUUUGCUCAAAGGGAAAACAUCUUCUUUAUGGAGACAUCUGCCCUAGAGGCCGUUAAUGUUGAAGAAGCUUUUCUUACAGUCCUUACGGAGAUAUAUCAAAUUGUCAGCAAGAAAACCCUUGUUGCCAACGACGAGGCAGGAUAUGGAGGGAGUGCAACACUUCUCAAGGGAACCAGUAUUGUUGUCCCUGGUCAGGAGCCAAAGUCUGGGACAACAAGUAGUUACAAUUGCUGCAGGUCAUCAUAGGACUCGUUUACUUUCACCUAGUGAGACAAGGGUUCUUGCUGCUUAUACCUUUCAGGGAGAAUGAUGUAUGAUACCUACCAGGUUCUUGUACAUUAGGUAAAGAAUCCACUCAUUUUCUUUCUCUCUUGUCUUUUUUUUUCCCAUAUAAAUUUGGUGGGUGAUUGUCAUACAGAUUUUGUAGAACCAAGCUUUUAAUUGUUGAAAUGGGAUGAGCAUUUUCCCUGGAAAUGCGUAUUUUAAUGCCAAACAGACGCUUGUUAUGAUUGCUGUUUAGAUCGAUCAUGCUGCUAAAACAGCUCAGCUUUUUACAUUUGUGUACAUGGGAGAUAUGUCAAUUUGCAGUUAAACUGAGUUCAAAAGGAAAGGAGGAAUAUACAUUACAACUCU